GAUCCGCUAGAUUCAUUUUACUUGUUGAAUCCUGGUGGUGAUCUCCCCGAAACACAAGACAUGUUUGAGAGUUGGUUCAGAGAUCAAAACUUUGAGGGGAAAGCUGGAUCAGAACCAAGUGCUACAGAGUUGACAGAAGCAUUAGAAAAUCAUGAUCUCUUUCUUUACUUUGGUCAUGGAAGUGGAGCACAGUAUAUACCGAAGCGUGAAAUAGAGAAGCUAGAUAACUGUUCUGCAACUUUCUUGAUGGAGGGAUGCAAUAGUGGUUCACUAUGGCUAAAAGGCUGUUACAUUCCAGAAGGCAUACCACUCUCUUAUCUCCUAGGUGGAUCUCCAGCCAUUGUGGCGACUUUAUGGGACGUAACACAGACCGAGACAUUGAUCGGUUUGGGAAAGCUUUGUUGGAAGCAUGGUUGCAAGAGAGGUCAGAUUCUUCAUCAGAGGGUGGUUGUAGCCAGUGUGUGUGAGUCAUUAGCUAACGAACUCGCAGCCAUGAAUCUAAAAGGAAACAACACCAGCAAGAGGUCAAGAAUACCGUCUUCGCGGAACAAGCCAGCUCAGUCAGAUGUUGAUGAUGGGUCAGGGAAGAAGAUUGAGUGCAACCACAAGCAGAGACGUAAAAUCGGUUCAUUUAUAGCCGCAGCUCGAGAUGCGUGCACGCAACACUUGAUUGGGGCUGCACCGGUCUGUUAUGGUGUACCAACAGGUAUCACAAGGAAAAAAGGAAUCGAUUCUCUUCUUCCUUCUUCAUCGUGUUAGUUUGGUUAGAGAGCAUUUCCUAAUAAGUCCAUUCUUAACUUGGAAUCCCCAUUGUCUGGUCAUAUAACGAUUUUGAGGGAUAUAUAUUUAGGACUUGGGAGUUAGGACUUUUUAAUCAUAGGAUCAUAUGACAACACAAGAGACGAGAAGAAAAGAGACUCUAGAGAUAUAUGUUUUCAUCCCUUCUUUGAUAUAACAAAUUGUAAA